AUGGUCAACGAGACGGUGGUUGAAGCUGCGAUGCCGGGCAAGGUGCCCAAAGUGGUAGUUAUAGUGUGCUUGUUGAGAGGGAACAAGGUGUUGUUGGGACGGCGCCGCUCAUCUCUUGGUGAUUCCACCUUUUCCCUUCCUGGGGGACACCUCGAGUUUGGUGAGAGCUUUGAGGAGUGUGCAACAAGAGAAGUGAAGGAAGAAACUGGUUUGGACAUUGAUAAGUUAGAGUUUCUGACAGUCACAAACAACCUGUUCUUAGACAAAGCCAAACCAUACCAUUACGUGGUGAUUUCUAUGCGAGCAGUCUUGGCAGAUCAUCAACAGCCUCAGAAUAUUGAGCCAGACUUCUGUGAUGGUUGGGCUUGGUAUGAGUGGGACAACCUCCCCAAGCCACUCUUUUCGCCCUUGGAAAAAGCAGUUCAGGAUGGAUUUAAUCCUUUCCUUUUUUAA